AUAAAAUUUGCACUACAAUGACGCCCCAACGACAAAAACAUGGAUUACCAACUGACAGUGAGGGAAAUCUGCAACUGAUUUACCGGUUUUCGGUUACAGUAAAGAUUAGCCAGGAAUGCAUUUACGUGGACAUGCCAGUUUUAAAGAAGCUGUACUCCGACUCAGGACGCUAUGCUUUGUGAUCGUUAUAUUUCAAGUGACAGAUGGAUCCGCAAAAUACGACUUCUUGCUGUGGCCUAACAACACUGUUCCAUACAGUUUCAGCUCCAUUAUGCGCAACGAUACGGCGGAUAGGAAGAUGGUGUUAACGUCCAUGCAGAUCAUCAGCCGUAUGACCGGGAACUGUGUAAAAUUUGUGCAGCGCACAACGGAACCAGACUAUCUUUAUAUUACGAAAGGCGCACAUUGCCUAUCGUAUACCGGACGAACGGGUGGGAAGCAAGCGUUUCCGGUGCAGAGAGCAUGUCUGAAUGAGUACGGAAGUAUUCAACAUGAACUCAUGCACACACUGGGCUUUUAUCAUGAAAAUCAGAGGCCUGAUCGGGACAAAUAUAUACAAAUCAUAUGGAGCAAUAUUAAGCCAGAAGGGUUCAACAAUUUCGCUAUCCGUCAUGAAAUGGAGACCUACGGGCUGCCUUACGACUACUACUCAGUUACGCAUUACAACCCAUUCAACGAGUUUGCUGUUGACAAGAGUAAACCAACUAUGAUCCCAAACGUUAACGGGACACGAUUAGGGCAAAACGAGAAUUUAAGCUCGCUGGAUGUAGCGAAAAUUCAUCAGCGGUACAAAUGUGGUGUAGCCGCAGCAUCCUAUUUUACAGGCGACGAUACUGUUAACGAGAACUCUUCGCUGAAGGAUACUCCUCGCACCAGCAUAGCCUUGCCAGUUGCUUUGGGAACGCUGAUUCCGAUUGCAGCGGCCGUAGUAGUGGCGUUAUGUUGUCUGCGGCUAAAGAACCAUCGUCAAGGACACAGUACCAUGCGCAAGGCUCGCUGGCGUCCUCAUUCGUUCGUGAAGUCUGGAGCAUUGCAUGAUCUGUCUUCCGUUCAUGCUAAUCUGAUUAUGAAUGAUCCUGCGCUCAAGGGUCAUGUUAGUCUUCUGGAGAUUUCCCUGGCUAAAGUGGUGAUCUCAAAUAAUCUUCUGGGCAAAGGGGCAACCGGUAUAGUCUGGAGAGGCACUGCGGACGGCGUCUACGGCCAUCCCGGUAAAGUGGAUGUUGCUGUCAAGAGUGCGAGAAAAAAAUACGAUACCGGCCAAAUCCGCCAGUUAUUACAAGAGAUGAAGGUUAUGACACAAGCCGGCCGUCAUUUGAACAUUGUGAAUUUAUUGGGGGUAGUAACAAAAGGUGACGUAGUCUUGUUGCUGGAGUACGCGCAGUUCGGCUCUUUGCUUAUGUAUCUCCAGUCAUAUAGCACUGAACACGUCUAUAAUCAUGUGGAUGAGAACGGAAAUAUUCUGCCAUACGACGAGGACAAAGCCGAAUGCAUCGAGCAACUUUUGCUUGUUAACGAUCCCUGCUGGGCCGAGCACGGACUGAGCCCUCCUUUUUUGUCAUCCAAAGCCUUGCUCAGUUUUGUGUAUCAAAUUAGCCGUGGCAUGGAAUACCUCGGCACAAAAUCUAUCAUCCACAGAGAUCUCGCGGCGCGUAAUGUCUUGAUUUGUGAUAGAAGCGUGGUGAAGAUAUCCGAUUUCGGAAUGGCGCAAGUCGGUACCGACGAUACUCCGUUUGAUCCUAAGGAGGCUCUACCGGUGCGUUGGAUGCCACCCGAAGCCAUCACUAGCAGGAUAUUUUCCCACAAAUCGGAUGUAUGGUCAUUUGGCGUGACGAUGUGGGAGACGUUUAGUCUGGGCAAAAUUCCAUACGGUGGAAGCGACAUAAUGCGCCGGCCUAUCUCGGAAUUUGUAAUAUCGCUUAGAAACGGUUUACGUUUGGAAAGGCCGGUCUUCUGUCCGAUCGCCAUUUACGGAUGGAUGUCACGCUGUUGGGGAUGCUUACCGGACGACCGCCCCGAUUUUGCUGAACUGACUCAGGCUCUGCGACUGGUUAUUGAUGGUGAUUCCGCCGAGACAUAUCUUCUGCUGGACGAUGUUUACAAUCAGUUUAAUAUGAAUUAUCUGACAAUGUUGGAACAUGCAACGAUGGAUGGCAGCGUCUCCUUACAUUAAUCCGCUAAUUAUUCCGUUAGUACAUUUUCACCGCCGAGCAGUCAGCUCUAUUAUUUAUUUCUUCGUUCCGAUUUUAUACGUUUUUUAUUUCUUCAUGUGAGAACGAAAAUAUUGGCUGACUCUGCAAACUGUGGCCAUUCACGCAUUUCCGCGUUUCUUCCUAUUAACGUUGCUGUAUUGACUGAGUAUGAAACGCCGUUUUCCCUGUAUACAUGUGUAGCAAAUUCACUGUUA